CGUGAACAAAGCGGUCAUAAGACUGUGGAAAAGAAAUCAAUAAUCGUUAAAGUUUCGCCAACAUCCGAAAGUAUUCGAUAUAAUAUUGUAACACAAACAGGUUUUUUUUAUACCGAGGUAUCGAUGAUGUUAGAUACCUUGGAUAAAAUGAAUAAGUUAUUAGCGUCAAAAUAUCGUUUAAGUGGAAAAUGUUUAUACGUGCAAAAUGAAAACCCAACGCUUCUGGCGAUCGAGGAUCUCGUGCCUCUCGGUUUUCGCAUGGUCGAUCUGUCUGGUCUCGACUUAGUUCAUUCCAUAUUGGCGCUUCGCGGACUAGCCAGGUUUCAUGCAGCCUCAGUAGCCAUAUACGAAAAG